AUGAAGCUGAUACCACUUAUUAUUUCGUUGAUAAGAUUAGCAGUGGACACUGAAGGUCAUGAAUCAUUCACACUUCCCACACAAUUUCAAGGUUCUCAGCCUGGAAUGUUUUCGGCUGAAAAACAGUUCUACUUACCGCCUGAAAGCCAGACUGUGCUACCAUACUACCCUAUGAAGAACUUCAACAACCUUCAAUUUCCAUAUCUACCGUCAACCAUUCCGAAAUCCCCCAUUGGAACCCGAAGUCCUUUUCCAAUCCUGUUAUCAACAACGCUAUUGCCGAUGUCUUCUGAUGAAGAUGACGAUGAUAAUCAGGACAAACCCUUCACUCCUACACCACACGAUUUACGAAAUCAAUACAAUCGAACUCAAAGGGAUGCAAUACACAAACCGAAUAGAAGAGAAAUAAGACCAGUACCUAAAAACUACCAACACCCCAUAGAUAGGAUAGAUACAAAGUUGCCGGUUCAACUUAAUACUAAUUCUGAAUCUGCUACUCAAAAUUCGGGCACGCAAUCUAUGUCCCCUCGGAGUAUAAUAAUAUCAGAUAUACAAAGAGAUACCAACAUGGACCAAUUAAAGUCAGCUAAUUUUAUGGGAGCACAAUUUGUCUCCCAUCCUGGUGUCUUUAUGUCUACUACAGAAACUGCAAUACCUAUACUGCGACUUUCGAACGAAAUGGAUUUAGAUGGAAGCUUUAGCUAUGAGGCUUUGGGUGCUGAUCAGACUCAUUAUGUACAACAUAGUCGCAUGGAAAAUACAGGAGAUAAAGAAGAACAAGUUGUAGAAGGGUCAUAUUCUUAUGUUGGUGAUGAUGGAAAAACAUAUACUGUGCAUUACAUUGCGGACUCCAAUGGUUUUAGAGCAAGUGGAGAACAUUUACCAGUAGCACCACCUAUACCAGAAAUAAUUCAAAGAUCAGUACAGUUCAACUUAGCAGAGGAGCUUAAAAAACCACCGCACUUUAAAUUGUGGAAUGAAGAAGAGAAAGAAAAUGAAUUAACCGAAAACCGGCACCAUUUUGCAGUCUCACCGCCGCAUCUCAGUAAUUUAUUUACGGGGAGAAAUCCCGAAUCAUUCUCACAUAGUUUUUCACAGAGUUCUAAUACACAAAAUAAUUUAAUAGCCGCAGCUAGUUCGCAAACUCCUAUUCAAACAGUUGAUUUCCCUGAUCAAAUACUAAAUAAACAAAACAGUGGAACAAUUUCGCCACAAAUAACUUUUCUCGCUUCACAGGGCGCUCACGCUCCGUCUGUAAAUGCGCCCCAACAACAACAACAUACAGUUAGAAUAUUUACUACUGAAAGACCAACAAUGCCUCAGAUAGUGAACUAUGAAGCAAAUAUGAAAGACACAGAUCAGGAAAGUAACAAAGCGUUAUGGAGGUGGCAAUAUGGUAUUAAUGCUAACUUAAAUCGAAAAAUGGAUAAAAAUUUAAUUUCAAGAUCAUCUAGUGAAGACGAUGUAAGUGUAAAUUUUAGUGAAAUGACCGCUGAUCAAUACACAAAAAUGUUAGAACAGUUAGAGCCAAAUAUGAAGAUAACCUCUGAAAUCCCGGACUUACUCGAGAGUUCUAAUAAUCAACAACAUUAUUAUGAUAAUUUAAAUAGUUACCCAAAAGUUAGCGACAUGUAUCAGUAUAACAAAUAUAUUUUAAAUACUGUUAAUCCUAUAACAUAUUCAAGUGAAAAAAAUACACCUUCCGAUAAAUCCACUACUAAGGAGCAUCAACAUCCCAAUUAUAACAGGAGCAUUGAAGAAAUAACAAAGGAAUCUCACAGUGAGGUGAAAGAAAAUUCAAAAUCCAAAAUCAUAACACAAGAUCAGUUUAUACCUCACAGUCAAACCGUUACACGAAGCUACAAUUAUGACGACAAUGGUUUCGAAUCAAGAAAAACGAGAGUUCAAAACAAAAAUACUGAAAAUAAUAAUAUGAAUUUAAACGUUAUACCCCUGAGAUUCGAAAAAAACAUAUCAAAUAAAACAAGUCUAGAAACAAAUCAAAUUCAAAUAAAACCAAAUGGUUUUACGACACAAGAACCAUCUAGUGCUAUUAAUAAACAUAAGUUCACAGAUUUCAUAAUUCACGAAGAUAGUAAAAAUGGUUUUAAGCCAAUUAUUUCGAUAUCAAAAACGCAACCAAUCUCUCACUCAGAAAUCACCACAACAACUGAAAUUAACAUAGAAGAUAUGCUGAAACAAAAUAUAUUUUUAAAGAAUUUCUUUCAAAAUAAUAAGAAUAAUCAAGAAACAAGUAAUAAAUUAACCAUUGAAAAUAAAAACCUGCAAGUUAAACCAAUUUCAGAGACAAAAACAGACAAAUAUGCCAACCCAAAAUAUAUUUAUUAUGAUCUCAAGCCAUACAACGAAAUUAAGUCUUUAAACAGUAGGCCCAUGGACAUAGCUAAUAUAAUGAACUAUUUAGCCCGCAACCAGUUCGAAUCUACCAAGUUAAGAUCAGAAACUAAACAACUUCCGAAUAGUAUUAAACAAAAAACUGAUACGCAAUACUUUACUGAUGAAGAUGAUCAAGAAAUGGUGGAAGAUAAAAGCAGCCGCAACCAACCCACGCUAUAUCAGCACGAGUUGCGUGGAGCUAUAAAAAAUUAUAAAGUUUUGCAAAGAAAUAAAAAUAUGAUGAAUACGCAGGAUGACCACGUAGAUGGACCUAAAAUGAAUUUGAGUCCUCCUCCUGUACAAAUGUACGAAUUGCCUCCACUAGGGCGAGCAGGACCCACAGUGAAGACCUACCUACCACCAGUUUAUGUAAAACAAUAA